GCGAUGAUAACUCGGAAUCCUAUUCUUUCACCGUAAAUCAAUUCAAUGCGAAAGCAAAUACAUCUCAAGUAAUUUCUUUCGACCACAUUGAUUAAAAGCUACUAGGCUGCUGGGAAGGGAAAGCAAGGGGAGGUGCCAAGGUACGCAUCCAUUACUUCAAUUUACAUGAAGUAGGAAUUAUUUUCUUGUUUCACGAUUGAGAAAUAUCGACCGAACAUACAAAGCUUAGAAAGGAAAACAUUGGUAUCAUACCUUGCACUUCAUUUACAUGGUGGACAAAAAAGGUGACAAUUACUUGCUUAAAUUCAUGAGAAAGGUGGAUCCUCACUAAUUAAGACCUCGACCAAAGACCUCAACUACACUCCGUGGUAUUUGAGGUGUCAUUCAUUCAGUCACUUUUGUUGCCUCAGACAUCAUACCACAUAAUACUCAAUAAAAAAGAAAACAUGAACACAGAAAAGGGGUUAGUAUAUGCCCUGCUGCUUCUUUUUCUACUUCAGGUAAGUACUUGCUUGGACAUCCUAAACCAAAACAACACUAUCAAAGAUGGCAAUCUCUUGGUCUCCAGUGGUAAAAUGUUCACUCUCGGUUUCUUCAGCCGGGGUAAUUCUAGCCACCGUUAUGUCGGAAUUUGGUAUUCUCAAAUUUCUGAGCAAACCAUUGUUUGGGUUGCUAAUCGAGAGAGACCAAUCAGUGGCACUUCAGGAGCUCUUUCAAUUGAUUCUGAUGGAAAUUUGGUGCUCUAUGAGACAAAUGGAAGCUUUCCUGUUUGGUCCACAAAUGUUUCUUCUGCAUUAUCCAAUCAUUCUACUACAGCCCAGCUCAUGGAUUCAGGCAAUCUAGUACUUCGAGAUUUUAGCGAAAAGAUGAUAUGGCAAAGCUUUGAUUAUCCAACAGACACUGUGCUUCCUUUAAUGAAAAUCGGGUUGAACCGCAAAACCGGUUUGAACCAGUUCAUAACAUCAUGGAAGUCCCCAGACGAUCCGACACCUGGCAAUUACUCCCUUAGGAUCGACGGAACGGGCUACGCUCAAUUGUUUCUGCUCAAGGACGGGGAUCCAUAUUGGCGUGCCGGGUCAUGGACUGGAGAUCGGUGGAGCGGUAUACCUGAAAUGAGUCGUUUUUUAAGCUUUGUAAAUGAUCUAGACGAGGUUUCUACAAUGUAUGACGUCAUUGACGCAUCGAUCAUCACCAGAAUGGUGGUGAACGAAUCGGGGUCACUCCGACGAUCCACGUGGCACGACAAAGACCGGCGGUGGAUAGAAUUCUGGUUCGCUCCAAAGGACCAGUGCGAUUAUUACGGCAAGUGUGGGCCCAACAGCAACUGCAAUCCACACAUUACGGGCCAGUUCGAGUGCACAUGCCUGCCAGGGUUCGAGCCCAAAUCCCCGGGCGAUUGGUACCUUAGAGAUGGAUCGGCAGGCUGCGUAAGGAGGGGAGGGGUGUCAGUGUGUCGAAGUGGGGAAGGAUUCGUGAGGGUGGCACGUGCGAAGGUGCCGGACACUUCAAAAGCACGUGCCAACAUGAGCUUGAACUUGAAGGAGUGCGAGGAGGAAUGCCUGAGGGAUUGCUCUUGCACAGCUUAUGCUAGUGCCAGUGAAAGCCUGGGAGGUUCCGGGUGCCUCAUAUGGCAUGGCGAUUUAGUUGAUGCAACAUUUGUCGAUUCAGGUCAAGAUUUAUAUGUACAGGUCGAUGCCAUUGAGUUAGCUCGUCACAGGAAGACAAGAUCCCUCAGCCAAAAGGCAAUGGUUGCGAUCAUUCUAGUUUCAAUUUUGACAGCUCUACUUCUCGCCGGCUUCUUCUUGUAUGGCUUGGCGAUCAAGAAGAGAAAGGAUCGCAGAAGCCAUAAUCCACAGGUGAGUGAUAUGACCAGUUCAACGUAUUUCAACGGCCCUCAGUGUGUAAAAGACCGCAGUGAUGAACCGAGGGGAAACAGAGAUGUGCCGCUCUUUGAUCUGAGUACCGUAGCUUCGGCAACAAACAAUUUCUCCGUCCUCAAUAAGCUCGGUCAAGGCGGUUUUGGAUCAGUAUACAAGGGCGUUAUGGACAAUGGAAUGGAAAUAGCGGUCAAAAGACUAUCAAAGCAUUCAGGACAAGGAGUUAAAGAAUUUAAAAACGAAGUCCGGUUAAUUGCGAAGCUCCAGCACCGGAACCUGGUGAGAAUACUAGGCUGCUGUGUCGAAGAAGACGAGAAAAUGCUAAUUUACGAGUAUUUACCUAACAAGAGCUUGGAUACCUUCCUUUUCGGACUCUUGUACUUGCACCAAGAUUCAAGGCUCAGGAUCAUCCACCGAGACUUAAAGGCCAGCAACAUCCUACUCGACGCUGCAAUGAAUCCAAAGAUAUCGGAUUUCGGUAUGGCUAGGGUAUGCGGCGGGGACCAGAUCCGAGGAAACACAAAUCGAGUAGUUGGAACAUAUGGGUACAUGGCACCGGAGUAUGCUAUGCAAGGCCAGCUAUCUAUAAAAUCAGAUGUGUACAGUUAUGGAGUUUUGUUGCUAGAGAUCAUCACAGGCCAAAGAAAUAGCGGGUGCUAUCAUAUGAACCCCUUUUGCUAUUUAAUUGGCCAUGUAUGGGAGCUGUGGAAAGGAGGAAACUGCAUGGACAUUGCGGACAAAUCAAUUGGCAAUACAUAUUCUGAAGAAAUCGUAUCAAGGUGCAUUCAAAUCGGUCUUUUGUGCGUGCAAAGAUAUGCAUCGGACAGACCAACUAUGUCCACAGUGGUUUUCAUGUUGGGAAAUGCUGAUGUGGUACUUCCGUUCCCGAAACAGCCCGCAUUCAUCGACGAGAGUGACUACAAUGGAAAUAUUCAGUCGACAUGUAACCAAACAUGUUCUGUUAACAGAGUUACAAUUACUGCUGUUGAAGCUCGCUAGCCACAUGCCACCACAAGUCCACUACGGUACUACUCAACUUGAGAAAUUGAGAUGCUUCCUGUAUCGGUAGAUAGACGACACCUGAAGGCUAAUCGUGUUGUGUAUGAGCUAAAAGUUGCUCUUGUGCUUAGGAGAAAAGUUUACAUGUAGAUUAGAUAUAAUAGACUACUUUUGCAAAUUUCCUUGAAUAUACAUGAGGUAGGAAUUAUUUUCU